CUUUAAUGUGUAAUAUAUAUUGUUUUAUUUGCAAAUAUGACUUUCUUUGAAAUUUAAAAAAAUAUAUUACACGUGACAUCACAGUUAUGUCUCGCCGUCUUUACCUUCAAACCAGUGCGUAUGGACGGUGAGACAUAUACGUGAUGCCAUGUUUUGCAGGUCUAAUCUUGUAUGAUUAUGUUACUGGAGUUGAGCGCAUUUCGGCGUGAUGCUAAUUUAUUAGCUCUGUUUACGUGGAAGGGUAAGCAUUAGAUAAAAAUGGGUAGUUACGAACGUGAGCAAGCAGCAUUACAGAAGCUGUGGGAAGAGUGUAUGUCCGAUGAUGAGAGUAAUAUAAGUGAAUUUGGGGACGUAUAUUUAUCAGAUGAAUAUAAACCUAAGUCAGACGAAGAGACAUCCAGUGACAACGAUAUUUUAGUGGAGCGUGCAAAGAGACGUAAAACUUCAAUCAAAGACUUGGGAGACAAUGCAGCAGGUCCAUAUACUGCAGAGCACAAUAUAAGCGUGGAUGCGGAAGACACGAUUCAAAAUGUAAUAGAAGAUGUCAUUUCUCAAUAUGCAAUUGAAAGCGAAGAUGAAGAAAUGCAGACUCCUGAUUCUGGUGACAAUAUAAACUGGGGUCCUGUUGACGGUUCAUCACUCAAACAUUUUGGUUUUGCUGAAGCUGAUAUUGGAAUAAAGCCUGAAUUUUAUGAAAAUUAUGACCAGGAGCCCUAUGAUUUUUUCAAAUUAUUUAUUACUGAUGAGAUAAUAGAAUAUAUGGUAUAUCAAACAAACCUCUAUGCUGAGCAAGUACUAAAGGAAAAACCGACGGCCAAAGGACAUGUGAAAAAAUGA